AUGGUUGUCUCAGUAGCGCAGUUGAACAAUAUACUCUCUAACUGUGGCUUCGACGAAGUGAGUAGCGAUCUUGCUACCAUAAUCGUUCGCCAGAUCAACAUAGCAAUCAAUGACCGUAAUGAAGCGGCCAUGUUCAUAGCUCACCUUAUCCAACAAAGUGGGGGCUUCAAGUAUCGAGACAGGCCGGGAAAGGGUCAUCCUGAUGCUCCAUAUUCCAGUAGAGGGUAUAUUCAGUUGACCUGGAAGUACAACUACGAAGCGGCGUCUAGUGAAAUCUAUGGCGAUGAUCGCUUAGUACAAAAUCCGGAAUUGCUGUCCAGUGACCCGGAAACGAGUAUGAAUGUAUCCGUCUGGUUCUGGAUAAAGAGAGUACGCCCAACAGCAGCACCGUUUACUAAUUUUUAUCUGACGACAAAGGCUAUUAACGGAACGGAAGAGGAUAGUUUCAGCAAUCCGACUGCAAAAAAGCGUUAUGCAUUUUACCUCAAAGCAGCUAGUGUGUUAGGUAUUUUCGCAAAAGAAGGCUGA